CUUCACACACCCACUUUCACAUUCAGGACAGCCAACAGUGCGCUGCCACUCUGUGAGCUGGAGAGACACUCGGACGACACAGACUGCCCAAAAGGAUACGUUUUUCUUCUUUCGUUUUUUGGAAUUGAUUUAGUUUUUCUUAUCAGAAAGUCAACCCGCAGAAGAUUGCGAUGCUUGCACUCUACCUUUUGGUUCUUGCUGUCGCCGUCCAAGCGCGCAAGCAGUUGUUGCCCGGCUCCUGCAACUUUGACGCCGACACCUGCGGUUACAUGUCAGAUGCAGACUUUAGCAGCUGGAUCCUCCACACCGACGGCCAUUUCAUCGCCGUGGAUGCCGCUCUGAAUGACGACGGCGACUCAGAGACGAGCGCGGAUACCACGGGCGUCCUAUUGAGUCCGAUUCUGGAACAGAAUGAGUGGACCUGCUUGAGGUUGGUCUACCAGAUCAGCGGCACGGGAAGCCUGCAUGUCUCGCAGCGCACCGAGGGGCGGAGCUUUGACAGGCCGCUGUGGAGCAGCCAAAUGCCGUCGGAAAGCUGGGUCAUCGCAAGCGUGGACCUGCCCAACAGCACCGAGACGGCUCGGAUCGUUAUCGAAGGAAUACCCGGGCGGACGUCUGGGAGCAGCGUCGCCAUUUUUCAGAUCCACAUCAGUCCCGGAUACUGCCUGGAUUGCGACUUUGAAGAGUCUCACCUGUGCGGGUAUAAUAACCAGUGGAACGCCAAUGUCAACUGGUUUGUGGGUGGCGGCGGCGGCGGGGGCCAGCUGCUUCACAACAACCUGCCAGACGAUCACACGCACGACAACCGGACAGGUCACUUUAUGUACGUGGACUCCAUCUACGCCAAAACCUUCAAAGAAGUGGCCAAACUGCUGUCUCCCAUGACCACGGUGCCCACGUCUGGCUGCCUGACGUUUCACUAUCAGCGCAGCGACCGAGGUGGGAACCUCUUCUCCGUUUACACCCGCGAUCGAUUGGGUCAGUACCAGGAGCUAUGGAGGGCGGAGCCAGAGACCUCCGCUGACUGGAGUGGGACGUACGGAGAGUGGACACCCGUGCAGGUGGACCUGAAAGCGCCGUACUCUUUGCAGGUCAUUUUCGAGGCGGCCUUCAACAGCCCAAGAAGCGGUCACGUUGCAGUUGAUGACAUUUCCUUUUCGCCCGAGUUCUGCAGCGCCGACACAGAGCCGACUUUUGAUGCCUCCAUCGCCAACUGUGACUUUGAGUCCGAUUUGUGCCAAUACACGCAGGACCAGAGCACCGGAUCAUCGUGGAGGAGAGUGUCCGUCAAACCCAAUAUUUUUCGGAACGGCGACCACACAUCCGGAGCGGGGACUUUCUUGUUGGCUCACUCGCAGCUGAGCACGCAGUCCAGUUACAUGAGUCGCUUAGUCAGCCCGACACUGGCUGCAAAUAUGAAAUACUGCCUCCGAUUUUUCUUCUCUUUGAGGGGAUUCAACCAGACGGAGCAGGCCCUCGCCGUGUAUCUGCAGCAGGGCCAUGAUGGCCGGGAGAAGAUCUGGACUUCGGGAGAGAAGUCCAGAGGGAUCUGGAUGGCGGCCGAUGUCACCUUCCAGACGUCGCAGCCUGCCAAGGUCGUUUUUGUCAGCACAUGCAGAAGUCUGUUGGACUGCGGCUCUGUUGCUCUUGAUGACAUCACCAUGAGUCUGGGAGACUGCGAGUUGGCGACAGGAAUUUCCUCCCCCCUCCCGGGAUGCUGUGACUUUGCGGCGGGCCUUUGUGGUUACACUCAGGACAAGCGGAACGAUGCCGCUGACUGGGAGCGGAGGAGAGGACCCACCCCAACCUCGUACACCGGACCCAGAGGAGACCACACGAGCGGACUCGGUUACUAUCUGUACAUGGAAGCAUCUCCCAUGCUGCCCGGCCAGACCGCUCGCCUGCUGUCACGCCCGCUGAGGGGCUCGAGGGGACCUCAGUGUCUGCGAUUUUACUACCACAUGUACGGCUCGAGCACAGGCCGGCUCAGUGUUCACCUCCAAAAAGACGGGGGGGACAUUUUCUUGUGGCAACGAAACGGCGAGCAGAGCAUCGCCUGGCUGAGGGCCACGGUGGAAUACCAAAGCCACAGCCAACAUCAGAUUGUGUUUGAAGCAACCCGAGGUUCAUCCGUCAGGAGUGACAUCGCCAUUGAUGACAUCGGAUUGGAGGCUGGCCCUUGUCCAGAGACCAAGGCCCCCGUGGCGACGUCCAAUGAGAUCGAGUAGAGGUCAGCAACAGUAUAAACAAAACAUGCGUCCUGUUUUUGUUUUUGUUUUUUUGUUUUUGGGCCACACUUUAGCGGACUCUCGAGGCUUUUUCGACCGCCUACCCCCAUUUACGCAGAUCUUCUUUGUACUUUACACUCUGUAAGAACAGAGUGCUGUGUUUUUUUCUUGACAUUUAUAUGCAUUAGAUUAAUGCUGGUUGCUCAAAUAAAGAUAAGGGGUGUGCC